AUGUUUUUCAACUUUAAUCGAUUCUUCGGAUUUUAGUAAAAACUAGAUAAUUUAUUAAAAAAUGAAGGCUUGACUAUUGAGACUAUUUUUAAUGAAGAUGAUAUAUUGUAGGAAUUAAAAGGAUCAAGCUCAGCAAAAUUCGCCGACUUCCUUAUUUAACAUCCGCAGGAAUACAAAAAAAUGAUAGGGUAUAUUGUAAAUGAAAUUAAUGAUGACUCUCUUGAUAAGACUUGUAGAACAAAAUACCCUUUCUAUUCCAGUGAGAUUUUGGGAUAAGAGAAUGAAAAACUCAUAAACUUUUUAUUUGAUAAGCCAGAGGAUGAUAUAUUUGAUGGAAUCAAUAAUCCAAUUGAAGAUGAUGAAACAUAGCAAGUAGGAACUUCGGAUAAGAAUAAUAAUAAUCAAAUUGAAGACUAAGAAACAUAACUAGAAGCAACGGCGAAAAAGAAUGAAAAAUUGAAAGAGAAUGAGGAGAUAAGGGCAAAUUUGUUAGAUUAUUUGUUACAACUACUUGAGGAUGACGCUUUGAAUGUUACAACAGCAGGUUAUUUGGCUAAGGCUUUAAAUACAAUAAUCCUAAAGAGGGGACUUUGUUUUUGGGAACAUUUGAAACACAAUCCACAGGUGAUUUCAAACUUGUUUAAACAUUGUUAUCUGAAACAUAUUGUAGACAUUAUUGAUAGAUUGAUUUCUUUGGAGGACAAUUAUGAAUAGCAUAAUGAAUAUAUGAUUGAUAGAUUGGCCUUAUUACAAAGAUUGGCAUAAAUAUUAAAAGCAAAAGAAUACUCAUAAGUGAUAGUUUAAAACAUAUGUGAAUUAUUUGAGGGAUAGUUUAGAAAAGCUGUAUAAUAGUAUGAAACUUAAACAUAAGAAUACAAAAAGAUGUUAUUACAAUUUGUAUAACAAAUUACUCCUUCAUAUUUUAUGUCGAUUGCUUUAUAAACAUAAUAAGCAGUCGCCUAUAAUGUAAUAAUAGCAUAGCUAGAAUUUUUAAAUAAACUGGCAUUCUAAAAUGAACAUCAGGAUUAAAUUGAAAAUACAGAAAAAGAAAGUCUUAAGAUUCCAGAUAUCGUUCCAUUGUUCUCACUCCUUAUCAAAGACUUUUCAAAAGCUUUAAAUUAAUAAGAUUAAUUUAAUAUUUCAUUUAAAUCUACAGUUGGUACUUGCAUUACACCUUUAGGGGAAUGUAAAUUAUCAUUAAUCUAACUGAUAAAUAAUUUAUUAAGUAAAUCAGAAUUACAAAACUACUAUUCCUAUAGCAUAUUUUAAUCAAUAAUCAAUCUUGUCAAAUAGCAUCCUUCAAAUAAUUAAUUGCAUCUAUUAUUCGAAAAAAUAGUAUUGGCCGUUUUUGCAUCAAAUAAUGAAUAACUUCAAAAAUCUAUGUUCUCAGAAACCAAUUUAAUCACAUUUAUUAUUGAGAAUAAUAACGAAGAAGCUCGAAAGAAUAAAUUUGGAUUUUAAGGAGUGUUGACACGCCUUUCAAAUUAUUUACAUUAGAAUGCAACCUAAUCUUAAUAAUUUCAAUUGAGUUUAUAAUAAGUGAAUGUUAAUUGGAGUCAAUAUAUGGAUGGUUUAAAUGAAGUUAAUAAAAAAGAACAGGAGUGGAUCUUAGGAGUAAAUCCAAAAUAAAAAUCAUUUUAAUUAUCUGAAGAAAUUUCAAGUCCAAAUAUAAUAAUGCCUGAACCUCUAGUUUAAUAUGCAUAUACAUAACCUUCAGGAUUCAGAAAAUGUGAAAGUUUUGAAAAUAGUGAUGAGGACAAUGAGGGUAAAAAUGAAGAAGAAAUCUAACACGAUUAAUAAGAACAAAAAAUUGAACCAGAACCAGAAACAGAAACAGGAACUGGUUAACAAUAAGAAGUGUCUAAUUAGAAUAAUAAUAACCAAAAGGAUCCAUUAGAUUUCGAUUCUAAUCCUGAUGUUUAAGAAGAAAUUAUCAAAACUUAAGAAUAAAAUAUACCUUAGGAUGAAGAGAAAACUGAAUAAAAUUAAUAAAUUGAAUAGGGCAAGGAAAAUGAAGGUAAAGACAAUUAAGAUGAUUAAUUUUAAAUCUAUCAAUUAGAGCAAAAAUAGUAUACUAAUGAAGAGGUAAUUCACACUCAGGAAGUGUAAGAAGAAGAUAAUCUAAAGCCAUAAGAAAGCAUUCCAGAACAAUAACAUAUACCAACAGAUGAUAAGGAGCCUAAUUAAGAAGAGUAAAUCAAAUAAGAAGAUAUUGGAUAAUAGGAAUGA